AAAAAAAAAGUAGAGGAAUUUUUUUUAAAAAAUAAAAAUGUCAAAAAAAGCAGGUACCACAUCAACUAACUGCUGGAUGGUUAUCUUUACCUUGAAAUAACAUCUUUUUUAGCAGCUUCUGCUAGGAAGCAUAUCUUUGUGAGCCACUUACAGAAAAAAAUGUCAGCGAAUCGUGACACUUGUCUUUUUGCAAAAGAAAAUGUGUAUUACAACAUAACUUCAAGACAGUAAAGAAUGAGAACGCUGCCUUCAAUUGCGUCUGAAUAUUCCUUUAAAACGAGAAACAAGGCAGCUAUGUUAAAUCGGAGCAAUGGGUAAACAGUUUCUAUUAUCUUAUUCUCCUUUUGGCAUAUAUAAAAUAUGUAACUGUAACUUUUCUUAAACACUAUAGUAAUACUCGACUACUUGCUGGAGUGCCAUCACCAUCUGAUGGACAGCUCAUGAUUGGUUGGUUAUGUCACUGACCCCCAUCAAAAGGUGAGGAUACGUUGUUACAGUAUUAUAACAGACAGCUCGUUGGCUUUAAGGCAGAUUCACCGGUCACUGGAGUUGUGACCUCACCGCUUUAAAGGUACAAACUGCAAUCAUGCGAAACUAUCAAAUUAAAUAACAGCAAGAAAGUAGUCCACGUUCGGGGGCGGUGUCAGGGGUGAGACCAGACACGUGCAGCCACUCAUCUAAGGCUGAAGAUGGACGAGCACGUCUGGCCUUGAACAGAGCGGGACUAAGGGACUUCCAACAAGCUCACUGUGAAGCUGAACUAUUCCACGGCACCGGAAACGGCAACUCCCACUUGGGGCGCUGCGGACACACGAGUCUAGGCUGCUUUCCAGGAAGCCAAAAAAAAAAAAAAAAAAAGGAAAAGAAAGAGAAAAAGAAGGGAUAGUGGAGAGCAGGGCUUCGGCCGCCGCCCACACGCCGCGCCCUCGCCUCUUCGCGGUCGCGGCCGCCGCCCUCGGCCCCCGGGCCACUCCCAGGUGGCUCAGCCCUCGGACCCCGCGGCCGGCCGGGCGCUGCCCGCCGGCGGGGACCUCAGGGAUCAUGGCCCAAGUAGCAAUGUCUACCCUGCCCAUCACAAAUGAGGAGUCCUCGGAGAGCAGGAUGGUGGUGACGUUCCUCGUGUCUGCCCUUGAGUCCAUGUGUAAAGAACUGGCCAAGUCCAAGGCGGAAGUGGCCUGCAUUGCAAUGUAUGAAACAGACGUGUUUGUCGUUGGAACAGAGAAAGGACGUGCUUUUAUCAAUGCCAGAACGGAUUUGCAGAAGGAUUUUGCAAAAUACUGCAUUGCCGAAGGGCUGCAGGAGGUGAAACCCCCAGGCCCUGCCAACGGGAUGCAGAUUGAUUCAGGAGAAACGGAAAUACUCAGAAAAGCUGUCGAGGACUAUUUCUGCUUUUGUUACGGCAAAGCCUUGGGGACGACAGCGAUGGUGCCUGUUCCUUACGAGAAGAUGCUGAGGGACCAGGCAGCCGUAGUGGUGCAGGGGCUCCCAGAAGGGGUCCCCUUUCAACACCCUGAGAACUAUGGCCUUGCAACCCUGAAGUGGAUUUUGGAGAACAAAGCGGGGAUUUCAUUCCUUAUCAACAGACCCUUCCUGGGUCCCGUGACUCAGCUAGGUGGGCCUGGGGUGGUAACAGAUGCUGAGAGAUCAGUGACAUCACCAAGUGAAAGCUGUGCCCCCAUCAAUGUGAAGACUGAACCCAUGGAAGAUUCUGGCAUUUCAACGAAAGCAACAGUUAUGUCAGUCAAGAAAGAAUCAGAAGAUCCUAAUUACUAUGAAUAUAGUAUGCAAGAGAGCCAUCAUUCUUCUGCCAGCACUGAAGUAAUAGAAAUGGAAUUACCAGUGGAAGAUUCUACUCAGCUUGUCCCUUCAGAAAUGAGUGAGGACCCUGAAGCUGAGGUGAAAAUUGAAGGUAACACCAAUUCAUCCAGUAUUACAAAUUCUGCAGCAGGUGUUGAAGAUCUUAACAUCGUUCAGGUGACGAUUCCAGAUAAUGAGAAGGAAAGAUUAUCAAGCAUUGAAAAAAUAAAACAACUAAGAGAACAAGUCAAUGACCUCUUUAGCCGAAAAUUUGGUGAAGCAAUUGGAGUGGAUUUCCCUGUGAAAGUUCCCUACAGGAAGAUCACCUUCAACCCUGGCUGUGUGGUCAUCGACGGCAUGCCCCCGGGGGUGGUAUUCAAAGCCCCUGGCUACCUGGAAAUCAGCUCCAUGAGAAGGAUCUUGGAUGCCGCAGAAUUUAUCAAAUUCACAGUCAUCAGACCACUUCCUGGCCUUGAACUCAGCAAUGUGGGAAAAAGAAAGAUAGACCAAGAGGGCCGUGUAUUUCAAGAAAAGUGGGAGAGAGCGUAUUUCUUCGUGGAGGUGCAGAAUAUCCCUACGUGUUUAAUAUGCAAACAGAGCAUGUCCGUGUCCAAAGAAUACAACCUGAGACGCCAUUAUCAAACCAACCACAGCAGGCACUAUGACCAGUACACAGAGAAGAUGCGCGACGAGAAGCUCCAGGAGCUGAAGAAAGGGCUCAGAAAGUAUCUCUUAGGGUCAUCAGACACCGUGUGUCCCGAGCAAAAACGAGUGUUUGCAAAUGUGAGUCCAAGGGAAAACCCUGCCGUCCAGCCCAUAGAAGACGUGGCUGGGAACUUAUGGGAGAAAUUACGUGAAAAACUCAGAUCGUUUGUGGCCUAUUCUAUUGCCAUCGACGAGAUCACAGAUAUAAAUAACACCACCCAGUUGGCCAUAUUCAUCCGGGGCGUUGAUGAGAAUUUUGAUGUAUCGGAAGAACUUUUGGAUACGGUGCCCAUGACGGGGACAAAAUCUGGAAAUGAGAUCUUUUUGCGUGUUGAGAAAAGUCUUAAAAAGUUUAAUAUCGACUGGUCGAAAUUAGUAAGUGUGGCCUCAACUGGCACUCCUGCGAUGGUAGAUGCCAACAACGGGCUGGUCACAAAACUCAAGUCCAAGGUGGCGAUGGCUUGCAAGGGCUCAGAUCUGAAGUCCGUUUGUUGCAUUAUUCACCCGGAAUCGCUCUGUGCUCAAAAGUUAAAGAUGGACCACAUCAUGAGCGUGGUAGUUAAUGCCGUGAACUGGAUCUGCUCCCGCGGACUGAACCACAGCGAGUUCACGACUUUGCUCUAUGAGCUGGACAGCCAAUACGGCAGCCUUCUGUACUACACGGAGAUUAAGUGGCUCAGCCGCGGGCUGGUGCUGAAGAGGUUCUUUGAAUCGUUGGAAGAAAUUGACUCCUUCAUGUCUUCCAGAGGCAAGCCCCUGCCUCAGCUGAGCUCUCAAGAUUGGAUCAAAGACUUGGCCUUCUUGGUGGACAUGACUAUGCAUCUGAACACGUUGAACAUCUCUCUCCAAGGGCAUUCCCAAAUCGUGACACAGAUGUACGACUUGAUUCGGGCGUUCUUGGCUAAACUGUGCCUCUGGGAGACUCACUUGGCCAGGAAUAACCUGGCCCACUUUCCCACCCUGAAAUCGGUUUCCAGAAACGAAAGCGAUGGGCUGAGCUACAUUCCCAAAAUCGUGGAGCUGAAGACGGAAUUCCAGAAAAGGCUGUCCGAUUUCAAACUCUACGAAAGCGAACUGACCCUGUUCAGCUCCCCUUUCUCCGUGAAGAUCGAGAGCGUGCAGGAAGCGCUCCAGAUGGAGGUGAUUGAUCUGCAGUGCAACACGGUCCUGAAAACCAAAUACGACAAGGUUGGAAUACCAGAAUUCUAUAAAUACCUCUGGAGCAGCUAUCCCAAGUACAAAACCCACUGUGCCAAGAUCCUCUCCAUGUUCGGGAGUACCUACAUUUGUGAACAGCUCUUUUCCAUUAUGAAACUGAGUAAAACUGAGUACUGCUCCCAGUUGAAGGACUCCCAGUGGGAUUCUGUACUCCACAUCGCGACGUGAUGGAACACACUCCUGCAGGAUCCCGUGGGCUGGAAGCCUAGAAUCCUCUAGGCCCGAGGGGUUGCAAGAUGAGAAAAUGAGUUAUUAAAUAUAUCUGGUUUUCCGUUUUUUCCCACUUUGACUCGGAAAUAUCAUUUGCAGUUAUCAUACCCGUUUGUAUGACAUUUUAUGUUUCCCCAUAGCCCAGUAAAAAUCAAGAAAGUU